CUCGUCGCACAGAUUUCCAACGCUGUGGCGCUGUUGACACCGUGAAGCAAGAUGCCGCCAGGAUCAACCCCGCCACCAAAGCAUCAUGGACAUGAGGUCAGUCACGACAACGGCGACGCCAUCGAAAAUUCUCGGGAUGCCGCCGUAGUUUCCCCCAAACACUCAAUGAAGUCGAGUCAAAGCGACCUUACUUCCGUGGCCGUGGCUGCCGUCGCGACCACCAUGCACCACACCGACAAUACCGAACCCUCGGCAGGUGGUUACCGAGGGCGGUGCUUGUACAAGACUGGCAAAUGCGAGAACGAGCGCGCAUUGAAAACGAAUGGCCAAGCACACAACUUGUGUGAUAUGCAUCGCCUUCGACAGAACCAGAACCAGCGAAAACUGGAUGGGAAGAACCGACAUAACCGCACGGCGUACUCGCCGUAUGAGCGCAACUCUGCAGACCCCAUCUCCCCCGACCACACAAUUUCUCCAGUCGUCGCGACAACCGUCGACCCAGUGAAGCCAGAACCGUCGACGAUGCACUCACCCCGCUCGAGCGAAUGCAGCUAUACGACACCACCGACUCAAAUUGAACUGCCUCCGCGUACGUCGAAUCGACACUAUUUCGCGCCACCGAUCAACGCACCUGCGCACCACACACCGUCCUCGCCAUUGCAGUACCUUCCGUACCCAACGGCGCCCCGCAUAUCCAAUUCGGCUACGUUUCCGACCCUGUCGCAUCUGCGGCGGUCGACAUCGCAACCAACUAUCCACUACGACCCAUCGCCGCAACAGUCCCAACCCGUCAAGCCCGAAACAUUCACAGAUGACAUCACCGUCCCCACUCCAUCGUACUUGAAGGGCGAAGCACGGGAAGCCUUUCGGUCCCGCGUCCUUCAAAAGCUGGUCAACAUCAUCUCAGAAGAAGUGAUGACCACCCAGCACCAUCACCACCCACAAACCCAUCCCGCUGCUUACGACUUGGGCCAUGCCGACCACUUUGCCCCACAUCCAUAUGCCCCGCAUCACCACCACCCCGAGUACACUCCACCGCCCCCUGCGACAGCGUUCGGCUACAACAACCCCGCGUCGUACUCGACACACCAACAGCAGCAGCGCUACCCGCCUGCACUUGCUCCAAUUGGCUAUCCCCGCCAUUCUCCCCCGACCUACGACGACCCCCGUCCCCCGAACUCGUUCCAUCCGCAUCAUCCCCGUAUGCGAUUUCAGGCCUUGGACGGAACCAGCGGUCCGUUGCCCAAGCUGUAUCCGACUUCGUCGACGUUGCCAUCGCUGACUCGCCCCCCUCCGCCAAAAGAGUCGUCGUCGCCUAACAGAAACUAUUUAUUAUAAGUCACGCAAAUACACCGUAUUUUGUCAUA